CGGGGCUGGAGUCACUCGCGAAAACACUCCCCCCUCAACGGCUGGUUGUCCUUUCGGAAAAAGCGAUGGGCGCGAAGGUUCCCGUGAUCGGUUUGGCCACACCUGCCAGCUGUCUACCGCCUGCUGCCCUCUGGCUCCAGCACAGAAACUCCAGGUGUCCAUGACGAGGCGCGCCCGGUUGGACCUGUCGGAUGUGUUUGGUGGCGGCUGUGACGCCACGUGGCAGGCAUUGACCAAGCCGCUUGGUCAUCACAACGUGCAAGUAGUCGAGGUUGCCCACCCCCCUCCCCUCCUCCUUCAGCGCUGGUGUGGUAAGCAGUGAAGGUCAUGCAGGGAAGGGAAAUGUUCCCUUCUUUUUGUUAUCUCCACAAGUAGCAAAGCGUUUCAGUCAAGGACACGUGGAGGAGGAGGAGGAGGAGGAAGAGGAUUCGAUCUUGUGAUCUGUCGUAUGCGCAUGUGGUUUUGUGCAUCCUGGCUAUGGAGAGGAGGAGAUGGCAAAUUUUGCUGCCUCGGGCUGCCCAUUGAGAGCGGCAGAUAUUAUUUGCUAUUGUAAAGUUGUGCAUAGUGUGUGGGCAUUUGCUGUAUGGACAUCAUGUUGUCAUGCUGCUGCAUGCAGUGAUGUGCUUCUUGAGCACUGAAGAAAACACUCCAAGGGUGUGAACAAUUUUGGACCUGGGAAGCUGAACCGAAUAGCUGUCUGUGCUCUUGAAAACUCCCAGGAAAAAAAAAAAAAAAAAAAAAAAAAAAAAAAAAAAAAAAAGCACUUUCGGCGUGUGUGGAAACCGCCGUUGGACCUGGGAAGUGGAAACGGAUAUAGCAAGAAAGAUGCAGAUCUUCGUACGGGAGCCUUGGAGUGGGAGAAGCAUGCUGCUGCCCGUGGAUGAGAGGCUAACGGUCAGGUUGCUUAAGCGGAAGGCAAUGGCAAUGGCAGCAGCACUGGCCGGCACUGCUGGUGCUCCUCCGGGAACCCCCUUUCCUACUCCCCAGAGCGGUGCAGAAUGUCUUCUUCUUGAAGAUGACGUCUCCCUUUUUUAUGGGGGCAAGCGGCUGCAGGAGGAGCUGCUGCUUCUCCGGGGCGGCCUCCUCCUCCUUGGGAACCUGAGCACAGUCGAGCUGCGGCUUCCACUGCGAGGCGGCGGCGGAGAUGGGGGUGCCACCGGCGCGGAGUCGCGCGACUGCUAUCUGAAGAUGUACGCUGAGAAGAAACCGGAUAAGGUGGACCCCAAGGAUGCACGGCUGGCCAAAUGGUCGCGUUGCUGUCUGACGUCGGAAGGCUUGCAGCCGCCGUGCGCCAUCGACUACCUUGGGAACCUGUUCAACAAGGAGAACGUCGUGCGCGGUCUUGUGGAGAAAUCCCUCCCAAGCGCCCUUGGGCACGUUCAGAGUCUGAAGGACAUCAUCACCCUUCAGCUCACAGAAAACCACAGCAAUGUAGGAGGAAGGGAGAUGGUGGAAAACCGGUCUUUUUGCUGUCCCAUCUCUGGGGUCGAUUUCAAUGGAAUGUUUAAGUUUGUGGCACUCGCCGCAUGUGGACAUGCGCUAAGCUCCCGUGCUCUGAAGGAGCUCAAGGCCACAGCCUGUCCAGUCUGCUCAAAGCCCUUUGAAGAGACAGAUCAGAUCGUAAUCAACGGUAGUGAGGAGGAGGUCCGAGUGCUGAGGGACAGGCUUCAGGAACGGAAGGAGAGGAUGAAGAUGGCUAAGAAGGAGAACAAGAAGAAGAGGAGAGAGGGUAGGGAAGAAAGGGAAGAAGCCACAACUCUCGGUGACAAGGACAGAGGAGGAGAUGCACAAAGCCGCAAGAUGGAAGACAAGGCACGGACAGACCACAAUGACAGGACUCUGCUUAGGCUGAGGAAGAAUUAUGAUGGUGCACCUGCUGCUUCUGCCGCUGCUACUGCUUCUGCUGCUUCUGCUGCUUCUGCUGCUGCUGCUGCUGUCAGUGGAGGAGGCCUUGCAAAGGGGAAAGUGGGAAGCAGAGGGGAGCGAGAGAGAGGUAAAGGGGUGGAAAUCGCACCUGCUGCCAAGCGGUUUAAAGCUGUCGAUAAUUUGCCGCAGCAUGCAACGAAGGAGGUGUAUGCUUCAAUCUUUAAUUCAUCGGUUAGACCGGAUGCCGUGGCUGAGACUUAUUCCUGCAGAUCACUGCCAAUUGGCAGGAACUGAAGAAAGGACCUCCUCAGGAAGGCCUGGGGUCCUAUGUCUACUCUUUGUGUUGCUCUUGUAAAUAAUUUUCACCCCACAUGAAGUCUCCCAUUCUCGUCCGCUCUUUUAUCCUUCCUAGCAAUGUAUUGAAUUUGUAUUCCUUCAUUGCUUCAGGGCCUGCUAGGAUCAGCCCACCCUCCAAGCCCGCAGAGUCUGCUUGUUUGCUUUGUACUACUAUCGUUUCGCUCUCUCAUUGCUCUCUCUCUUUGCUGUUGCCUGGCCCGGGUUUCCCUCUCUUUGUUUCUCUUCGCAAUUUUUUUAUUAUUAUCUUCCGCUGCUCUCUCUCUCUCUCUCUCUCUCUCUCUCUCUCUCUCUCUCUCUCUCUCUCUCUCUCUCUCUCUCUCUCUCUCUCUCUCUCUCAUUUGAACUGUCGAUUUGCUUUCUUGUUGUCUGUGCGGCAUCGGAAUAAACAUUUCUUCAUGUC